AUGAUUGUGUCGGUGAACCCGGCGUAUCAGCUCAAAGAGGUGGAGUACGCCUUACGGAAGGUCAGCUGUAACGCCAUCGUGUGUCCCACUCAGUUUGCCACUCAGAAAUACUGCGGGAUGCUCCGACAGAUCUGCCCCGAGUUAGACACCUGUGUCCCGGGAGACCUCAAGAGUAACCGGUUGCCACAUCUACGCUCCGUGAUCGUUCUGGACAGCCGGCAGCCAGGAAUGUUUCAUUUUGAGGACAUCAUGCAGGCGGGAGACAGUCGAUAUCAACAGGAACUCCAAGACCUGCAGAAGAAGCUCUCCUUCGAUGACCCCAUCAACAUCCAGUUCACAUCAGGCACGACUGGAGCUCCCAAAGGAGCAACUCUGUCCCAUCACAACAUCAUUAAUGACGCCUAUUAUGUCGGCCGGCGGUUUGGAUACCACUGGAAGCCGCACACUCGCAUCUGCCUCCCUGUGCCCCUGUACCACUGCUUUGGCUCAGUGGGAGGGGGCCUGUGUCUGGCCGUACACGGGACCACUUUAAUAUUUCCAUCUCCUGGAUAUAAUUCAAAGGCCAAUUUAGCGGCGAUGGAGAGUGAAAGGUGCACUAUUAUCUACGGGACUCCCACUAUGUACGUGGACAUGGUCAACCAGCCGGACAUCCAUAAAUACGACCUGUCCUCAGUGGAAGCAGGAAUCAUGGCUGGUUCUCCGUGUCCUGCAGAUCUGGUGAAGAAGGUGAUCUCUGUAAUGGGCGUCAAGGGAAUAACCGUGAGUUAA